AUGCAUAACACAGCACACUGCUCCUUCAAGCGGCGUAUCCUGCUAUGCUCGACUGUCGGCGGGUUCAUCCACGCCGCCCCGGUCCUCGAACUCGGCGCUGUACUCGCAGCCCGCGGCCACGAAGUCCACUUCGGAACCAACUCCGGCCAGGAGCACUGGGCGUCAGACUAUCCAUCCAUCACCCGCGUCCACAGCUUCGGUCCAGCCAUGCCAGACGCCGAUGCCGAAGCGCACUACGCGCACAUGAUACAGUGGCGGCCCAGCGACGGCGUCGGAUCCAUCAUGGAAUCCAAGUAUCUCUUUGACUCCUACUAG